GGAGGAAGCAGGCUUCUCAUGGCAAAAGUGUUAAUUCCUGUAGUUGCUAAUUAUGGAGUCGGCAAUGAGACAUCGCGCCCUGUAUAAGGGCACUACACCUCCAUGGAAAGAGACUUACAGAAAGAGAUGUGUUGAAAGGCUGAAAAGUAACCGCUCUAAGCUCCUGGAUAAGUUUCGACAGGUGGGGGAUCGGCUGCUUUCUGGCACUGGUAACUCCUUGCUAGUGGAAGAAGUGAUGGAAGAAGAGUGGGCAGCGAUGCAAUCUGAUCACAAAGGAUUUCCUUCCCUCUGGAAUGACGGCACGUUUUCCCAGGCUCUUGGCAUUCUUACAGACCCUGAUGAAUUGGAAACUUUAGAGGAAAUUAAAAGAGAACUCCGUGUGGAAGAACAAGCAAUGAUUGAGGAAAUUGAAAACAUCCUUCAGUUUGAGGAAGAAUGUCUUGAUUCUGUAGUUGGGCUAAAUGUGUCAAACCAGAUAGUGUGUCCUGUAUGUAACCGACAUAACCUGACUGUAACCAGCUGUUUUAUUGUUUGUCAGUGUGGAGUGCAUAUUAACACACAAUCCCAAGGUAUGAGCAUAGAAAAACUGCGUUCUCUACUGGAAACCAAUCUAACUGCACACGGGUAUAAUUGCUGUCAUCAUCCAGUGUUUUCUGUUGUCACCGGCGUGGAAGGAAUGCACAGUAUUUUUAUGAGUUGCCAUGUGUGUGACGCAAUGACAUUUGUAGUGUAAUGGGAUUAGAAGAAGUAACAUUUUGCACGUGUUCAACAGAAGUUUGUGAUUUUCUUACUCUUUGCUCUAUGUAAUUUCAAUGUAAAUACUUUUUUAAAUUAUUUAAAUAAAGAUUAAUUUAUAA